GCUUUUAGUCUUGCUCGGUUAUUGGUGCUGUGUGGUUGAGACGACGACAGGCGCUGCGAGGACCGACAGAAGAAGCGACGACGGCAGAAGCGACGACAACGACAACAACGACUACGAUUCCCAGUGUCUCAGCAUGAGCGUGUGUGCGGGUGUGCGUGUGUGAAUUAGCAGUGAAAAGGCUAAAUUAGGUGUGUGUGCAUAUGAUGGGGCAAAAACAAAACAAAAACUACAACUAAAGCGAAAACUAAACUGAAACACGUAAUAAGAACUCCGUGAGUGAAGCACUGCAUUAAGUAAAAAGUAAAAACAAAAAACAAAAAGAGAAAAAAAAAAAAAAAAAACAUUCGCGAGUGGCAUUCACAUUCACGUGUUGUUGCUGGCUCGUCGUUUGACAAAUUAAAAUGCAUAAAUUAUGAAUGAAAGUACCGUUACGUGCGUGACAACUAAUAAUUUGUUAUUAUUCUAAACGCACGUGGCCAACGCUCGAAACACUUCGCGUCAACUCUAACUUGGCAGACAAGGCCAACAGUGAGCCGGGAAAGCGAACAGCCCCAACUACUCAAUAAGCCGAAACAAACAAAAAAAUAUGCCAAUUGCCGGCAGCGGCUCAGAGGCAAAGCUGCCUUUUCAUUGCCAACAGCGGCGACUUCCUGGCCACAAAGCAUAAUAAGACGCAACAACAGCAACAGCAACAGCAGUAGAAGACGAAGCAGCAACAACAACAACAGUCAGCAAGUGAGCAUUCGACUCUCAAAUUCUGCGACUUUGGCUUUGAAGCGAGCCCGUUGCCAUAUGCGAUUUUCCUGGGAAUGUGAAAAUUGUAAUUUUUUGACGAUGCUUCAAUUAAUUUAACCGCACGCAUUAGCAACAACAACAACAACAACAACAGCAGGGAAAACUGUAAUGAAAAGGGAAGCAAAGACAAACGCUGGCAAAUAACAGACGAACGCAAAUUGCUGAACAAACACUGGAAAGACGCAUGUAAAUGUAAAUGUAACUGUCUCUGUAACUGUGAAGGUGUAUUCGUGAGAGUGUGUCCAUGUCUCUGUCUGUGUGUGUGUAUGUGCAUAGAGCGCAUAAUAAGAAGAGCAAAUAGCAACGAGCGCGUGCAAAAUAAAAAUAAAUACCAAACGACAAAACGCAGGCCACAGCUAAGAGCAGCCAAAGGAAGUGAAGAAAGGGAGCAGCAGAAGGAGGAGCAGGAGCAGGAGCAGGACAUUGGAUCCUGGGCUGGGUGACGCGUUUCCUCGUUGGCGGUCAAGGGAAAUUUAUUGCAAUGCGCAAAUGAGACAACAACAACGACAACGACAGCAAAACUAAAACGCAAAGCAAACAGCAGUAAAAGCAGUCAAAGAAGAAAAAGUGGAAGAAAAUAGAGAAAAUAAAACACACACACACACAAUCACACACACAUACGCUUGCUGCGUGCCCCAAAUUGUGGCGAAARAAAAAWAACCAAAAAAAAAAAAAAAAAAUUCCGCAACAAAUUGAAAAAUUGAAGUUUCACCAGCGCCAGCGUCAAGCAACAACCGACGAAAGAAGAAACUUGGCCAAAAGUGUUACAAACAGCCACCAAAAGAAGAGAAACCAAAAUAAGUACACAGCCAACAGCAGCAGAGAGGGAGGGGGAUACAGGGAGAGUGGAGCUGCGGAACACAUUAAUGCAACAAAAUGGGUGCAACUUUGAAUAGACGACGACGUGGCCGUUGCCUGCAACUGAGCGCCGGCUGCUGGUCCGCCGCCUCCUGCUACACAACGUGCAGCCCGCUGCUGCUGCUGCUGCCUCUGCUGGCGCUGCUGAGUCCUGCGGUGGAUUGCCUAACCAUGACUGAGAUUCGUAUACCGAAGCACAUUAUGCGACAUGAGGACGCCGUGCUGGGCUGCAAGUUCGACCUGGAUGGGGAAUCGCUGUACUCGGUGAAGUGGUAUAAGGAUGGGUUCGAGUUCUAUCGCUAUGUGCCGCGGGACAUGCCGCCCGGACAGGUCUUUCCGCUGCCCGGCGUCGAUGUGGAGUUGCAGAACUCGACGGACAUUGCUGUGGUGCUGCGCUCGGUCAGCCUACAGUCGACGGGCCGCUAUCGGUGCGAAGUGUCCGGCGAGGCGCCGUCGUUCCAGACAGUUUCCGGUCACGAGGACAUGAUUGUUGUUGUGACGCCCAAGCAUGGACCACAAAUCACUGGCGGUCAGCCCCGAUACCAAAUUGGCGAUGUGGUGCGCGUCAAUUGCACUUCGGCGCCGUCGAAGCCCGUGUGCCAUCUCAGUUGGCUGAUUAACGGCAUGCACGCGAACCGCUCGCUGUUGCGCCCGUACGAGCCGCUGGUGGUGGGGCGCGAGGGUCUCGAGGUGGCGCGCCUCGGCCUGGAGUUUCGUGUGCGCGGAUGACAUUUCAAGCACGGCGACAUGAAGUUGAAGUGUGUCGCCAAAAUCUCGUCCGUCUACUGGCAGAGCAACGAGGAGAGCGUCGAGAGCGAUAAGCAUCAGCGUAUACCUGUGCUGGAGUCCAGGGAGACGGUGCGGCAGCUGGACAAGUCACUGGAAGAGAAGCAGCUGAAGAAGAGUCGACGUCCUGCGGCAGCCACCUCGGUCGCCGCUGCGGCCUCAUCGGCGACGCGUGUGUCCGCCUGGC